UCCGCCAGAACCUCGAACCCCUCUGCAGCUCCACCCUCCCACAGAACACCCCACCAUGUCUGAUACGCAGGAGGAGGUAGAGGAGUACCAGGAGGAAGAGGAGGAGCACGAAGAGGAGGCUCAGGCCGAGGAAGAGGAGCAGGAGGAAGAAAUCGAAUGGGCACCAGAGGUGAGUCAGGAGGAGGAGGAGGAGGAGGAGAAGGAAGGAUUACAGGCAGAGGAAGAGGAGGAGGAGGAGGAGGAGGAGAAGGAAGGAUUACAGGCAGAGGAAGAGGAGGAGGAGGAGAAGGAGGUGGUGGAGGACACCAAGCCCAGGUCCAAACUGUACAUGCCCAACAUCACGCCGCCCAAACUGCCGGACGGUGAGAAGGUGGACUUUGACGACCUGCACCGCAAGCGGCUGGAGAAGGACUUCAACGACCUGCAGAGCCUGAUCGAGCUGCACUUCACCAACCGCCAGAAGGAGGAGGAGGAGCUGGUGGCGCUGCGCACGCGCAUCGAGCGUCGCCGUGCCGACCGCGCCGAGCAGCAGCGGGAGCGCGCGGAGCGGGACCGCGAGCGCCAGGCGCGCCUCGCCGAGGAGAAGCUCCGGCGGGAGGAGGAGGCCGCGCGCCUCCGCGCCGAGGAGGAGGCGCGCAAGAAGGCCGUCUACACCAACAAGAGCUUCGGCGGCUACCUGCAGAAGGUGGAGAAGAAGACGGGCAAGAAGCUGACGGAGCGCGAGAAGAAGACCAAGGUCCUGAUGGAGCGACGGCGGCCGCUGAACAUCGAGCACCUGAACCAGGACAAGCUGGCCGAGAAGGCGCAGGACCUGUGGCAGCAGGCGCACCAGCUGCACGCCGAGAAGUUCGAGCUGAUGGAGAAGCUCAAGAGGCAGCGCUACGACAUCUACGUCCUGCGCAACCGCGUCAGCGACCACCAGCGCGGCUCCAAGGUCUCCAAGACAACGCGCACCGCCAAGGGCAAGUCGGGCUCGUGGAAAUGAGACGGCGCCCGCGGCGCUACGAGGAGCCCGUUAGCUUCCCCGUGUGAAAUUAGAGUAGUCUUUGGGUUUGUUUCAGCGCACGCUUCGGUACGGGGGCUCGGGGGGAGCAGGGGGGCAGAAAAGGACUCAUUAGAAACGAUGAAAAGCAUGCUGUACUACGAGAUUGAAGUCGCAAUGUAAAAAUGUUGGCUAUGUGUUUAAUUUAACGCGCGCAUCGCGACAAACCAUCCAGUAUCAGUAUUCAGAAUACCUCCGGAACACAGCGGACUACAAGGAUCAAGCUCUUUUUAGGGAGAAGAAUCACAUGACUAAUAUGAACUGUGUGAACGUUGAGCCUUUGGCCAUGGCGCUGUCCUCUGCCCCAGGCACAGAGAGGACUGCCAACUCAAAGCUGCAAGUACCGGGUGUAUCCAUGUUCACCUGAAAACCUCUAUUUUUCAUGCAAAUAUGUCACUCAGACAUUACAGCUUGACUUAGCAUAUAGGCUUUGAUCAGUUGGAGGUUCCUGUAUUUGCUACAUGAUACAUACAAGGUGUGUUCGUGGUUACAUAAAGGCACUGUACAAUGUUUAUAGUGACAAAAAUGUUGGGGUGGUCAAUUAAAAAAUGCCAUUAACAUGA